CAGCAGAGUGCCUGUUUGUAAGGGAGAUGUCUUCACCGCGCACGUUCGUUUCCCCGCAAGCCCGUACGACGAGCUCUGUCCUGUAGCAUCCCAGCCAGGCAUCCACCCAGGUACCGCGAGCCAAAAUGUGCGGCAUCCUCGGUCUUAUUCUGCACGACCCGAGCCAGGACGCAGCGCCAGAAAUCUGCGAGGGUCUGUCGCUUCUCCAGCAUCGUGGUCAGGAUGCAUGUGGUAUCGUCACUUGCGGGCCCAAGGGACGCUUCUACCAAUGCAAGGCAAACGGGAUGGUUAGAGAUGUCUUCGACACUCACGCGCUCUCCACCCUGUACGGUUGGAUGGGAGUCGGACAUGUACGAUACCCCACUGCAGGCAGCUCGCACCAUGCAGAGGCGCAGCCGUUCUAUGUAAACUCUCCAUACGGCAUAGUGUUCGCCCAUAAUGGCAACCUUAUCAACACGCAGUCCCUCCUCCAGUUCAUGGAUGCAACCGCUCACCGGCAUAUCAACACUUCCUCAGACUCGGAGCUCCUCCUCAAUGUCUUCGCCGACAACUUGCAGAAGACAGGAAAGUUCCGUAUCAACGAGGAGGAUAUCUUCACUGCAAUCGGCAGCCUCAUGGAGCAGUGCAAGGGCGCAUACGCCUGUGUAGCAAUGCUCGCGGGGUUCGGUAUCAUCGCAUUUAGAGACCCGAACGGCAUUCGGCCUGUGGGCAUGGCCUCGCGCAAAGCGUUAGGCAGCGCCACGGGCAAAGACUACAUGUUCGCGAGCGAGAGCGUAGUCGCGGACGCGAGUGGUUACGGCGACUGGGAGGACGUCAGGCCAGGCGAGGCUGUUAUCAUCACGCGCAACAGCGUCAGUCGCAGGGUGGUCGGCAAGGCGGAGACGUUCGCACCGGACAUCUUCGAGUACGUCUACUUCGCCCGUCCGGAUUCGGUGUUAGACGGGAUUAGCGUCUACCGGAGCCGGAUGGCGAUGGGCGACGCGCUUGCCGCGGAGGUGCAGCGGGUACUCACCGAGAAGGGCAUCUCGGUCGACGUCGUCAUUCCCGUUCCGGACACGUCAAGAGUGGCGGCAUUGAACUUGGCGCAGAAACUCAAUUUACCCUACAGAGAAGGCUUCAUCAAGAACCGCUAUGUUGGGCGUACGUUCAUCAUGCCUGGGCAACAGAUGAGGCGCAAGAAUGUGCGGCGGAAGUUGAACGCGAUGGCGCUCGAGUUCGCGAACAAGAACGUACUCAUCGUCGACGACUCCAUCGUGCGGGGGACGACCUCGAAGGAGAUCAUCCAGAUGGCCAAGGACGUUGGCGCGAAGAAGGUCAUCGUCGCAUCCUGCGCGCCGCCCAUCCGCUACUCGAACGUCUAUGGCAUCGACAUGCCCUCGCGCGUAGAACUCGUCGCCCACAAUCGGUCUCUGGACGCCAUUGCGGAGACGAUCGGCGCAGACCUCGUCAUCUUCCAGACGCUGCCCGACCUCAUCGAGGCCGUACGGCAGUUCAACCCCUCGAUCCAGAAGUUUGACUGCUCUGUGUUCACGGGCGAAUAUGUCACUGGUGGUGUUGACGAGGAGUACCUGUCGAGAUUGGAGAAGAUCCGGGCGGACAACGCUAAGGACAAGACUGACAAGGAGAAUGGCGUCGCGGGCGAUACGGAUAUGGUCAAGGAGAGCAGGGAGCUCGCUCUGGGCUGCAGCGGCCCCAUGAACGGUGCCGAUGGUACAAUAGGUUUGCAUAAUAGCUGGAAGUUGGGCUAAUGGUGUCUCUUGGCUAGCUCAGGUAACGUAGAUAGAACGUUCCGCUGUAUCUGUGUUGUAUCUGUGCUGUGUGUAUCGUAUAAAGCUGUGCAUCCUUAAUCUCGCACCUCACGCACUGCCUUCGUAUGCGUGAGCCCUCAAGAGACUUG